CCGCUAAAACCCUUUAUCUCCACUCCACCGCUUCUUUCCAAAUCCUCUCACUCUCCGACCCAAGCCAUUUCCUUUCUUGCCCAAAUGGCGGAUACCGACGCAGCGGCGGCGCCGUCGGUUCCGGCGGAAGAAGAAGCGGUGAACGGAGCGGAGGCUCUCCACGAGGACGCCACGGCUGCCGUGGAAGAGAUCGCACCCUCCGCCGCGGAUCACAAGAGGAAGCUGGGCGAUCUCGAGCCUGGCGAGGACGAAGAGGCCCCACCCAAGAAGCAGGAGGUCGCGACCGACGACCCGGCGCUGGCCGCCGAUGAGUCGGGGCCGGAGGCGAAGGAGAUCGCCACCGGCGCCGGCGAGGCCGAGCCUGCCCGCCUGGAGGGAGAGAUCGACGGCUCAGUGUUUGAAAAGGCGAAGUCGGAUGACAUGCUGGGCGCUGAACCAAAGCCAGAGGAGAUUGAUGCCGAGCAACUACUUCCGGAUGAAGGAACUAGUGAAUUGGCUGCUGAUAGAGGUCAUGAAGUGCAGAAACCUGAGGCUCCACCAAUGAAUGGUCAGCUUGCUUCUGCUCAAAAUGUUCAGCAGGUUCCUCCAGAGAAUCUUGAGAAGUCUACUCCUGAGGAUUCUCAGCAAGGCAGUCUUCCCUCAGCAGGACAGCAGCCUUCAGUUGAGCUAGCAACUUCUUCUGAUAAGAUUGAAGUUCCUAACAGCAAGGUCGGUGUUCUUAUUGGUAAAGCUGGGGAUACAAUCAAGUACUUGCAAAUUAAUUCAGGGGCAAAAAUUCAAAUCACAAGAGAUGCUGAAGCAGAUCCGCACUCCACUACUCGACCUGUGGAAUUGAUAGGAACUGUUGAAAAUAUCAACAAGGCAAAACAGCUGAUAAAGGAUGUCAUAGCUGAGGCUGAUGCUGGGGGCUCCCCAUCACUUGUAGCUAGGGGUUUUAGUACUGUACAAUCUGGUGGAGAACAAACUGAAAUAAAAGUUCCAAAUGAAAAGGUGGGGUUGAUUAUAGGCAAGGGCGGUGAGACAAUUAAGAAUCUACAGACCAGAUCUGGUGCUCGCAUUCAGUUGAUCCCACAACAUCUACCUGAAGGCGAUUCAUCGAAGGAAAGGACCGUCCGUAUAACUGGAAACAAAAAACAAAUUGAAUCUGCCAAAGAAAUGAUCAAGGAAGUUAUGAAUCAGGCUCCUACAAGGCCCUCACCACUCUCUGGUGGAUACAGUCAGCAAGGUUUUCGCCCCCGGGGGCCUACAGGAGUAGCCCAGUGGGGAUCCUCGGCAACAGUGCCAACACGACCAACCAUGGGUAAUGACUACCAGCAAAGAGGUAUGUAUCCACCACUACAGACAACACAAUAUCCUCAACCGUAUGGCAGCUAUUCGCAGCAGCCGCCUCCGAGAGGUGGCUAUGGUGCAGGCUGGGAUCAGAAGCCAGUAGCUCCUGUUCAUAGCACACAUCCAAGUGGUGGCUACGACUACUAUGGUCAAGGUGGCCAGGCAGCUGACAGCCAACCAUCUAACCCAGUGCCUAACCCUUCUCUAGCAUCAACCCCUGCUUCUGUGAACUAUAACUAUGGGCAGUCUCAAGCUCCAGUUUAUGGUCAACCAACACCUUACGCACAGCCUGCCCCUACACAGCAGAACUAUGGGCAUGGCUAUAAUGAGCCAAAGUAUGAUAACCAAGCAACUAGCCAGCAGUUUUAUGGGCAACAGCCCAUGGGCUCGCAGCCAGGUGUCUAUGGACAACAAGCAGCACCACAGCCAGGCUAUGGUCAACAGCAGGCUUACAGCAAGCCAUCUUAUGGUGCACCACCUCAAGAAAUGCCUCCAUCUUAUGGGCCACCUAGAGCAAGUCAGCCAGGAGAUCCUAUGUAUCAGGGCUCUGGAUCUUCAUCCUAUGGAUCAAGUGCACCCACUCAACAAUCAUAUCCAUAUAGUUCAAGUGCACCUUCGCAGCAGCCGGCACCUGCUUAUAAUCAGACUUAUCCUGCGUCAGGUGCUAUGGAUGGGUAUCCACAGCCACCAUUGGCUGCUUAUUCCCAGCAUAGUGGUCCGGCUGCUCCUGGCUAUGGUCAAAGUGGACAACCGGUGCCUGCUUAUACCCAACCAGGCUCACAACCUGGUGGUUAUGGGCAGUACCCAUCAUCCCAACAAGGCUAUGUUGAACCAGUCUCUAGCAAUGUGAAUUAUGGGUAUCAUGGUGGGUCAGCUGAUGCAGGUUAUGGCAAUACUGCCCCGAGUUCAGGAUAUGGUGUACCACCACCUGCAAGCAGUCAGCCAGGGUAUGCUCAGCCACCAUCAAACCCAUCAGGCUACUACGAGCAGUCCGUUCCCUCUCAGACAGGUUUUGGCAAUCAUCCAGGUACCGCACCAGUUGGUUAUGUGAAGAGUGCGUCUCCACAGCCUGGAUACGGAGGCCAGUAUGAUUCUGCUCAAAUGUAUGGUCACCAUUGAUGCCACAAAGCCAUCUUUCUUGAGUUUUAGAUGCAGUUAUGACAUCAAAGGUGAUAUCAGCUAGAUGUUUGAUAUAAGGCAGUUACAUUUCAGAGUUUGGGCUCUGCAACCUAAUCUGACUAUCAUACUCUCGUUUGAUGUAUUUGCUACCUAAUGGAUCUGUUUAGUUACAUAAUCUUAGUACUUAAUUGUUAAUUCUCUUAAUAUUGAUUUUUU